AUGAAUUUGGAGGAGUAUUUCCAAAGGAUUGGUUUCCAUGGCUCUUAUGAGAAAGGAGAUCUUGCAACGCUGACUGUGAUCCACAGACUGCACGUCAUGUCAAUCCCAUUUGAAAACCUGAGCAUUCACUGUGGGGAGAGGAACGUUGUGGAACUUGAGGCUAUUUUCAAUAAGAUAGUGAGGAGCGGCCGUGGGGGCUGGUGCCUUGAGAGCAACAUCCUAUUUGGAUGGGUAAUGAGGGAAAUGGGCUACGACACCACGACCUUGGUUUCCAGAGUUUUCAACAAGAUUCUCGACGACUUCGCUUCCGGAGAGGAUCAUAUCCUUUUCAGAGUUAUAAUUGAUGGGAAGCCUUAUAUAGCAGACGUAAGCUUCGGGAUGUCAUCCCAAGUUUGGGAGCCCCUGGAACUCAUCUCUGGAAAGGAUCAACCACAGGGUCCGGGCAUCUUCCGACUAGUCGACAGAGGAGACAUGUGGGUGCUGGAGAAGACGGCGAGAAAACCAGAGGUUGUCAAUCCAGAAUUUGCCAAAUCCAGUUUGGUGGACAGACAGUUGACGAAGCAGAUCUACUGCUUCACCUUGGAGCCUCGUCAGGCUGAACACUUCAUUGAGAGGAACCAAGCUCUUCAAACAGACCCAACAUCGCUGUUCACCAACAAGUCCAUCUGCUCCCUGCAGACGCCGGCAGGAUUCAAAGCUCUGGUUGGCUGGACCUACAGCGAGGUCACGUACAAGCCUGAGGAAGGUGUUGACGUCUUAGACAUGAGAGACAUUACUGAUGAGGAGAUGGAUCAAGUUCUGAGGGAACAGUUCAAUGUGAAGCUGCAGAAAAAACUGAAAACCAUGAACAAGAAAUGGUGCUACACAAUCUAGAAAACAGCACGGUAUCUUUUUAAUUUCUUGCUUUAAGUCUGAAAUAAAUUCAUGGCUUUGAUUGUUUGGUUAAAAAUAAUUUCAAAUAUCACUGAACUGCAUCAAAUCUUUUUUACUUUUUACAACAAUGUGUUUACAACAAGUACAUUGUGUUUUAAUCCAUUAAGAUUGACCCUGUAAUGCUUUUAAAGGUACAGAAUUGACUUGCAAGCAUAUGUAAUUAACU